AUGCCUGAACAAGAAUAUAACGAAGAGCAAGUCGCUGAAAUUUUACAACAUGUAUAUAUUGGUAAAUUGGAUAAUUUACCAAGUCUGGCAUCGAAAAUUGUUCGUAUUUUUACAUCGUCAACAUUUACAGAUACAAGUAUGGAACGUAAUUCAUUAAUGCAACAUACAUAUCCCAAACUUAAAGAAUAUUGUCGUGAAAAACAUGGAUUAGAAUUUCAAGUUGUUGAUAUGCGUUGGGGUGUUCGUGAUGAAGCAACCGAUGAUCAUAAAACAACAGAAUUAUGUAUGCAAGAAAUUGAUAAUUGUCAACGAGUAUCCGUUGGACCAAAUUUCGUGGUAUUUCUCUGUCAAAAAUAUGGUUAUCGACCAUUACCAACCAAAAUUGAAGAAGGAGAAUUUAGUAAAGUUAUAUCUGUAUCAAGUACAGAAGAUGCAGCAUUACUUAAACAAUGGUAUAAACUUGAUUCAAAUAAUAUUCCAAGUUUAUUUUGUUUACAACCUGUCAGUUCAAUAUUUACAAAUUUUACUAAUCGAGCACAUCCUCGUCUCAUGGAAGAAGAUCAAAGUUCAUGGUGGGAAACAAUGGGUAAAUUAAAUCGAGCGGUACGUGUAGCUGCAUUAGAACUUUAUAAACAAGGUCUAUUUACUGCACAUGAUAAUCAUCGAUAUAAUUGGUCAGUUACUGAACAAGAAGUUGUACGAGGAAUAUUAAAUGCAAAGGAUAUAGUUGAACAUACAUUAGCAUUUUUUCGUCAUAUUGAUAAUAUUAAUAUUGAUUUAUUACGUCAUUCAAUGAAAUUUAUCGAUAUUACUGCGAAGAAAGUUGAUGUUGAAGCACAAAAUAUGCUAUCGGAUUUACGAGAUGUUCGCGUAGCAGCAGCAUUACCUGAAUCAAGUAUUGUUCGAUAUACUGUUGAAUGGUCCGAUGAUGAUGGAUUAAAUAAAAAUGUUCAUGCUGAAUAUUUAAAAGAUUUUAUUGAAACAUUCUAUCGACGUAUUGUUGAAUUAAUUGAUAAUGGUGUAAGAAAACAAAAUACUUUUCCAGCAAAUAGAGUUUUUACUGAAAUUCUUCAAAAUCUUCAUGUUGUAAACAAUUUCAGUCAAGAUUUUCAAGGACGUACAGAUAUUCUUGAACGUAUACGAAAUUAUGUUCAAGGUUCAUCAAAACAACCAUUAGUUCUUUGGGGUGAAGGUGGUUGUGGUAAAUCAAGUAUGUUAGCAAAAAUCGCGUCAGAAUAUUCAACAUGGUUUCCAACGAAAAAUUGUUCACCUAUAAGAGUUGUUCGAUUUCUUGGUACUACACCUGAUAGUUCAUCUAUUGGACCAUUAUUACGUAGUAUUUGUCAACAAUUAUGUCGAUUAUAUCAAGAAUCUGAAGCUACAAUUCCAAAUGAAUUAUCACAAUUAAUAAAUUAUUUUAAACGUUUAUUAGGAAAAACACCAAAUGAUAAACCACUAUGCAUAUUUUUGGAUUCAUUAGAUCAAAUUUCAUCAUCGGAUGGUGCACAUUCAAUGUCGUGGCUACCACCAACACUUCCUAAUCAUGUUAAACUUAUUGUUUCAACAUUACCUGGAAUAUUUAAUAUUUUAAAUACACUUCGAAAUAUUAUCGAUACUCCGGAAAAUUUUGUUCAAAUUAAACCAUUAGGUGAAGAUCUAGGUAAAAUUGUAUUAAAAGCUUGGUUAGCUCGACAGCAUCGAACAAUAUCUGAUGUACAAUGGUUAUUAGUUCAUGAAAGAUUGAUUGAAUGUAAUACACCAUUAUAUGUUAAAUUAGUAUUUGAUGAAAUCAAAUUAUGGAAAUCAUAUACAAAAACACAAGAAAAAGAUUUAGCUAAAACAGUUUCAACAUCAAUUAAUAAAUUAUUAGGUCGUAUUGAAAAUCAACAUGGACAUAUUUUAGUUGAACAUGCUUUAUCGUAUAUAACAGCAUCAAGAUCAGGUUUAAGUGAAGCUGAAUUAGAAGAUUUAAUAUCACUUGAUGAAACGGUUUUAAAUGAUAUUUAUCAAUAUCAUUUACCACCUAUUCGACGUAUACCACCGCUAUUAUGGACACGUAUACGAAAUGAUAUACCUAAUUAUUUAGUUGAACGUGAAGCUGAAGGAGUAUCAGUUGUUAGUUGGUACCAUCGACAAUUUGCCGAAGUAUCUCACGAACGUUAUUUAGCAAAUCCCGAAGAACGUCGACGAUAUCAUUCUCAAAUGGCCGAUUAUUUUUUGGGUAUAUGGGCAAAUCGUCCGAAACCAUUUCAAUUUACUGAUAAUCAAAAACGUAUGUUUAAUUUAAUGUCAACUGAUGCUGAAGCUGAUCGAAAAGUACCAGCUCAACCUCUUAUAUUCACAGCAAAAAAAGAAGCAUCAACAGAAGCAGCACAAAAUACAAAUGCUUCUGAUGUUCGUUAUAAUUUACGUAAACUAAGUGAAUUACCAUUUCAAUUAAUACAAUCCGAACGUGAAGAUGAUUUAUAUAAUCAUGUUUUAUUUAAUUAUGAUUUUAUACAUGCAAAAUUAUCUUGUAUGCCGUUAAAUAGUUGUAUAUAUGAUUAUGAAAGUGCAUUUGAAUAUAUUCAUGAUAAAGAAGUUAAAUUAAUGAGUGAUGGACUUCGUUUAUCAAGUUCGGUUUUGGCAGCUGAUCCAAAUAAUUUAGCAUGUCAAAUAAUUGGUCGUCUUCUACCAUUUUAUACAACAUGUCCUAAAAUAGCGUCAUUUAUUGAUCAAUGUGAAAGUAUUGGUUUACAACAUAUGGGUCUUGUACCUGCUUUUAAUACAUUAGCAUCACCCGGUGGUCCACUUGUUUAUUCUUUAGAAGCACAUCAAUUUGCUGUUUAUGGUUUAGAAGUUAUUUCAUCGGGACAACAUCUUCUAACUGUAUCAAAUAAAUUUAUUGUUUUUGAUUUAUCUAGUGGUGAUACAGUAAGAAUUGUAGAUCCGAAAAUUGAAGGUAUCAUGACAUAUUUAUCUGUUGCACCUGAUCAACGUUAUUGUGUAGCAAUAACAAUUAGUAAUCAAUAUAUUAUAUGUAAUUUAUUAACUGGAGAAUAUAUUUUGCGUGAUUAUCAAACACCAGGAAGUUCGACUAAACCUCAAACGAAAUCAAUUUUUUCAUCACAACCUGCAGAUCCAUUAUUAGGAGCUGCUGUAAGUAAUACACAUUUUGCAUUGUGGACUUCACAAAUGUAUCAAGUAUAUACGAAAAAAGGUGAAUUAUUAACAUCACAACCAACACGUUAUCAAAUAAUACAAAUUGAAUUAUUACCUGGACCAGAAGUUGAAAUUGUAUGUCGUUCGGAAGAAAUAAAACCUGAUCAAGAAGUUGCUCGUGAUCGCUUAAUAAUUGAUUAUUGUUUUGUUACAAAUUCUGAUCAUCCAAAUGAGAUAAUAGACAAUAAUAAUAAUAAUGAACCACGUUGUUUAACUGGUGGUCGUAAAAAUAUUCAUAGUGCACUUAUAUUAACACGUGAUAAACGACGAAUGUACACAUGUUGUGAAAUCAAUGAUUACAAUGUCGAAAUGUAUGUUAAUAAACCACAUCCAAUUAAUUUUAAAACUCAACGUAUAUGGGCAUUUGAUCAUCAAUUAUUUGAAAAUAAAGAUCGUAUAUUUGCAUUUAUAUUAAGUAAUGAUGAAAAUUAUUUAAUGGCAGUUACAUUUAAAGGUUUUAAAAUUUUUUCAUUUCGAUCCUAUCUAUGGAAAACAUGUGCAUUACCUGGUGGUGUACGAAAUAUAAUUAGUGGUACAAAACGUUUAAUUUAUACUGCAGUAUUCUCACAUGAUAAUCGUUAUUGUAUUGCAUGUGUUAAAUCAACUGUUUAUGUAUUUGCAAUUGAAUGGGGAGAGCUAGUAGCUUCAUUUGAUUCACAUUUUGGUCGAAUUCUUGUUUUAAAAGGUUUAUUAUCAGGUGGUGGUGGUAAUAAUUAUGUUAUAACAACUGGAAUGGAUAAAACAACCAAAGUAUGGAAUUUAGAAAAUGCACGAGAAAAAGAUAUUUCAAUAACACAAUUAGAUAAAGCUCUUGAAAUGAUGCAUAUAUCAACAGAUACACAAAUCAUUAUGGCACAAACACGUACACAAUUAUGUUUAUUUGAUAUGAAAACUGGUUUUAUAAAAGGACAAUUAAUUGCAAGUCCACAUGGAUCAAUUUAUCAAUGUACAGCUAUGUGUACUAAUGGUUUAUUUGCCGUAACAGCUGAAUCAGGUAAUCUGGUUGUAUGGGAUAUUGAAGAACGACGAAUAACAUUUAUAACAAAAAUAAAAAAUAUUUUUCAAUUACUACUUCAUACUGCUGAAACAAUGGUUUUAGUUGCUAGUUUUGAACCAAUAGUACCAACAAAUCCAAAUGCAGCAAUUAAUGCAAAUCCAAAUCUUCCAUCAACAUUAGGACAAAUUAUUCAUGCUGUAACAUAUACAAUACCUGAUGGAGAUUUAGUUUAUGAAAGAUCCUAUACUAUUAAACGUAUGACGCAACCGAAAAAAUCAAUAUGUACAGCUGAGGAUACAUAUUUAAUAUUUAUUGAAGAGAAAAAAACGAACGAUGUUCUUUCAAUACAUGAUCCAAUAUCUGGUGAACAUAUACAUAAUGUUAAAUUGACUUAUAAUGGUUAUAAAGAUAUUAUUUCAAUGGUUACAAUACCAAAACAACCUCAUCUUAUUGGAUUAAUUGAUGCUGAUAAAGGUGUUAUUAUGAAUGUUAGAGAUAAAAGGGUUCAUUUAGUAAUACCAAAAUGGGGUGGUCAAAUAUCUAGUGAUGGUAAAUAUGGUUUAUAUGCUCCUACACGUGGUGGUCUUGAAAUAUUUGAAUUACGAAAUGCAAAAGUCGUUCGGACAUUAAUUGGCAAAGUAGCUGAAGGUGUAUUUGAUGUACUCGCAUUUUUUACUCCAACUAAUAAUCAUGUUAUAUAUUAUAACAAAGGUAAACGAACAAUACGUGUUUUUCGUACUGCUGAUGGUCAACAAAUAGCUGAUAUGAAAUGUCCAGCAAAAGUUCGACAAGCUAUGGCAACACAAGAUGGACAAGCAUUAGUUGUUGGUUAUGAAGAUGGAGCUGUUCAAAUGUUUUUAAUUGUUGAUAAUCUUGAACCAGCAAGUGUUGCAUAUUUAAAAGCAUGGAGAAAACAUCGAUUAGAAUCACAUGCUGAUUCUACACAACAAGAUGGAACUGAUAAACCAUCAGAACUUGAUACGAAAUGA